AUGGAGGCGGGGAGGCCAGCCACAGCACAGCACACCACACUGUCCAUUAACUAUCCACUAUCCCUCAAACACCCUCUCAUCCAGGUGGUCACACCCGCCAGUGGGCGGUGCAGGCGGUGGGGGUGCUGGACGGGUGGUCACACCCGCCAGUGGGCGGUGCAGGCGGUGGGGGUGCUGGACGGGCACGGGGGAGGCGAGGCCAGCCAUACCAAACCAUUUGUUGACUAUCUGCCAUCCUCCAAUCAUUUCUCACCCUCCAUCCAGAUGGCUGCACCCGCCAGUGGGCGGUGCAGGCUGUGGGGGUGCUGGACGGGCACGGGGGAGGCGAGGCCAGCGGCCGCUGGAAGUGAUGGUGGGAGGGAUGGGAGGGAUGGUGAUGGGAGGAAUGGGUUUGAGGGUGGGAGGCAUGGUGAUGGAAGGGAUGGGUGUGAGGGUGUUGGAAGCGGCAGGAGGCGUGCAGGCUGUGCUGGUGAAGGGAUGGUGGAGGAGAGAGUGGAGGAGAGAGAGGAGGAGAGGGAGGAGGAGGGUGAGGAAACUGAGAGGGAGUGGGAGGAGCAGGAGAGGGUGAGAAAGAGGGUGCUUGAAGGAGUGUUAGCAGGCGCUCUGGAGGAUGUAGAUGCGGAAUUCGCACAGGUACCCUCAAUCUCGGCCCCCUCUGAACCCUCCUUCCUUCUCCUCGUCCCCCGUCCCCUCCACCCGUCCUCCUCCAUACUCUCCCUCUCCUCCUUCUCCGCCCCUCCGAUCCCUCCUCCUCCGUCCCCUCCGCCCCUCGUCCCCUCCCAGGAGGCUAGCAAGCACCGCUGGUGGUCGGGCUCUACCGUUGCUGUGGCCCUCCUUGUCUUUCACCGCCUGCUGUGUGUUCACCAAAACCCCCUGUGCACGCACUACCCCCUGUGUCGUUGUAUUGGCCUCUCACAGGAGGCUAGCAAGCACCGCUGGUGGUCGGGCUCUACCGUUGCUGUGGCCCUCCUUGUCUUCCACCGCUUGCUGCCCUCGCCUCCUUGCUGCCACCCCCACCGCACACACGCCCACCACACGCCACCCAGCCACUGCAAGCACUCAAGCUCCCCAGAUGCAUGCACUGCUAUCCAAGGGGGGGCAUCGGAGUGGGAGGUGCAGCACUUGACAGUGGCCAACGUAGGAGACUCUAAGGUUCUCGUCUGUGGCGGUGGCAAGAGGCAUGGGGGCCAGACGGUGGGGGUUCGAGAGAGGCAUAUGAGUGCAGCAGGGGAGGAGCAGCGGAUGAGUCAGGGGCGAGGAGAUGUGAAAGAGGGUGUGCUGCAGGGGACUGUUGAGAAGCAGGGUGUGCUGGCGACCACUGAUGGCAUGAUGCGGGCUGUGAAGGACCCGGACAUUAGAGAGCAUGCCAUUUCUGCAGAAGCAGGGGUGCGUGAGUGGAGGAGAUGGCCGAUGGGAGGAGUCUUGGAUAGGGGCAGGCAGCCUGUGUCGGUGUGUGGUUGCAGGCAGGCAGCGGAGCAGAGCAUGGACGAGCAAGAGCUCCGUCGCUUGGCGGUUCUGCAGAGACGGAGGCAGCGCCUUCGCGAGCAGCAGAGGCGACAUGCACUGGUGAAGUACAAGCAGCAGGAGCAGCUGACGCAGAGGCAGCAGGAGCAGCUGACGCAGAGGCAGCGGGAGGAGCACGAGCAACAGAAGCAGCAGAAGCAGCAGCAGCAGCAGCAGCAGCAGCAGCAGAGGCAGGCGUUACCCGUGCCCUACGACAAGCAACACCAGCAGCAGAAGCAUGGACAUCAGGAACAGAAGAAUCAUGCACUAACCGUGCCCCACCAGCAGCAUAGUAACCCUGUACCAGGAACUCCCCUACAGCAGCAGGAGAAGCAGCAGCAAGAAGGGGAGCGUUCUGCCUCAUUGUGCACGACAGAGGCGAUUUUUGAGUCGACUAAAAAAUCGCCGCGUCACACGCGUUCUGCCUCAUUAUGCACGACAGAGUUGACUGACGACCACAGAGCAGACAGGGAGGACGAGAGGAGGCGCGUGGAGGCGAUGGGGGGGAGAGUGGAGGAGCGGGGCGGUGUGGCGCGCGUGCAAGGCGAGCUGGCUGUUACUCGCGCCCUUGGGGACCUGCAGUACCGCCCCUGGGUGGUGCCCACGCCUGAGAUCACUGAGUGGGUGGUGAGGGGUGGGGCAAGAAGGGGUGGGGCAAGAAGGGGUGGGGCAAGGGGACGUGGUGCAAGGGGGAGCGGCAUGGGAGUUUGUAGGGUGGAUGGGAAGAGGAGUGGGCGGGUGGUGAAGGAAAGUGAUGCAGCAAGGGAGGUGUUGGGAGAGGAGGGAGAAGAGGGGGAGUGGGGUUUGGACUGUGCCCAGGUGUGCGGCAUUGUGGGCAGAGCGAGGCGGGCCCAGAGGAGGAAAUUGGGGGGGUUACGGGCAAGCAAAGGAAGAGGUAGCAGAAGGAGGAGCGGGAAAAGCGCUGAUAGGGAUGGUGAUGGUGGUGAUGGUGGUGGUGGGGUUGUUCAUGGCGUUGAUGCUGGUGAUGGCAAUGGCGAUGAGGAGGAGGAGAGGGGGGAAGAGAGGGAAGGGGGGGAGGAUGAGGAGGAUUGGGUGCUUGACAGUGCGGCUGCUGCUGCUGCUGCAUCUGGCCGUGAGAGUGAGGUUACAGAAGGGUCGCUGCUCCAUGCCAUUCCUCUGCCGGUCGGGCAGCAGGAAGGGGACGAUCAGGGAGCUCUUGCUGUGGUGAGUGGGGAACGGCAAUCAGCAGUGCCUGAGGCGGCACACGAGAAUGCACAGGGAGAAAUGCAGCUGCAAGGGCACAUGGACGCAGCGAGGCAGCAGCAGCAGCAGCAGGUGAUGGUCCAGAGGGGGCAGCUGCCGUACUGCUGGAUGCUGCAGGGCGUGGAGCAGGGUCCCCUCAUGUGUGUGCGCAGGGAUGGUGAGGUGGAGACACGGCUGGCACUGGCAUGCUGGCCAGAGGGCCAGUGCAGUGCUGAGAGUGGGUGCUCAGCUGAGAGUGGGUGCAAGGGAGGAAGCGAAUGCAGGCGUGAAAGCGUGGUAGCUGCGAUUGCUGACGAGGGUGCACGGCGUGUAAAGGGAGGACAGGUGAUUGCAGUGAGGGAGAAGCAGCUCCAGCCGCUGCAGCAGCCACAGCCAGGGCAGCAGCGGCAGGAGCAGCAGCGGCAGGAGCAGCAGGAGCAGCAGCAGGAAAAAGGACAGGCACAGGGACAGGUUGCGGUGAGAGGCGAGAGUGGGUUGGUGGAGGCGAGGAGGUGGGAAGGGAGGGACCCUGCGAGGGUGUGUUGGGAGGGGAGUGAGGAGAGGCGAGAGGUGACCCAUGCCCCACCCACGGCUGUAGCGCUCUCUGCCUCCCAUGCUACUGCUGGCGUAGCUACAGCUGGUGCAUCAGCCACUCCUGCAUCCUCGGUUUCCCAGGACGAGGAUUUCCAGAAGCCAGAAUCACACAAACGCCUUGCUUCCAGCACCCCUCCAGUGCAACAGCAAACGGUCUCUGAGCAGCAGAGCAGCUGGCCCUUGACUUCCACACCCACUGAUACUACACCUCCCUUAGCUCCCUUGGGUUCCGUGCUACCCAGAGACCUUGCUUCGAUCUCCCACCGUCUGGACAGUCGAAACCCUCUUCCUGCCUCUCACCGCAUGCACGUUUCGAAGCUUGCUCUGCAUGCACGGUCCUCCACAGCUCCUGUACUGGUGGGCCCAGUGCAGCAGCAGGAACCCACACUGCCGUCUGAGGUGCCUUCACAGCACGAGAACCACCCAGCAGCAUCCCACAUCCCCUCCUCCACCGCCCACUGCUACGAGCUGCUCAAACCCCUUCCUGUUGCUGCUGCUACGUCUCGCCCCUCCCUUGUGCCUCUUUGGCAUGACCGUGCGGCCUCUGGGCGUAACCGCGCUUGCCGCAAUUCUCCCCAGUACCUCGACUCUGGUUCAUCAGGACCAUUCCCAACACGGCGUUUUAGGGAGGCUCAGCACGGCGCAGCCCUGCCUGCUGCCUCCCCCUCCCAUCCCCAGGCUGUAGGAGGCAGCGCCGCAGCGGCUGGGUCUGCUGCUGUUGUUCCUCCAACCCUGAGUCGCUCCACAAGCCUGGCGAUUCCCGCACCUCUUGGCCUGGUUCGGUUCCUGAACCUGCUAGGCUCGGUGCCGCUGCUCCUACCAGGCCUCCCUGGAAAGAGCGGCAUGGGAAUGGAAAAGGAGAGAGGUGGGAGGGAGGGGUUGGUGGUUGGGGAUGGGGUGGAGGAUAGGGGGGUGAUGGAUAAAGGGAGUUCCAAGAAGGUGAUAGGGGACAGGGAGGAGAUGGAGGAGGGGAGUUUGAGGGAGGAGAGAGGUGUGGAAGGGGACGAAUGGGGGGAUGUUGAUGUGGCAGACAGCAAUUGGACGAAGCACCAGAUGGGAUUUGCUCAGCGCAGGUACGUGCUGCAGAAGAACUUUGCAAGAGGGGGGUUCGGAGAGGUGUGGCUGGGUGUGAGGAGGGACCCCUGCCACCGGCCCUCCAGUGCCCACCGGCCCUCCAGUGCCCGCCGGCCCUCCAGUGCCCGCCGGCCCUCCAGUGCCCGCCGGCCCUCCAGUGCCCGCCGGCCCUCCAGUGCCCGCCGGCCCUCCAGUGCCCGCCGGCCCUCCAGUGCCCGCCGGCCCUCCAGUGCCCGCCUGCCCUCCAGUGCCCGCCUGCCCUCCAGUGCCCGCCUGCCCUCCAGUGCCCGCCUGCCCUCCAGUGCCCGCCUGCCCUCCAGUGCCCGCCUGCCCUCCAGUGCCCGCCUGCCCUCCAGUGCCCGCCUGCCCUCCAGUGCCCGCCGGCCCUCCAGUGCCCGCCUGCCCUCCAGUGCCCGCCUGCCCUCCAGUGCCCGCCUGCCCUCCAGUGCCCGCCUGCCCUCCAGUGCCCGCCUGCCCUCCAGUGCCCGCCUGCCCUCCAGUGCCCGCCUGCCCUCCAGUGCCCGCCUGCCCUCCAGUGCCCGCCUGCCCUCCAGUUCCCGCCUGCCCUCCAGUGCCCGCCUGCCCUCCAGUGCCCGCCUGCCCUCCAGUGCCCGCCUGCCCUCCAGUGCCCGCCUGCCCUCCAGUGCCCGCCUGCCCUCCAGUGCCCGCCUGCUCUCCAGUGCCCGCCGGCCCUCCAGUGCCUGGCUGCCUGCACAUCCCCCACCCCCACCUCCUUCUGCUGCGAAAGCGGCUGUCAGUUUAGGUGCAGGAAGCAAGUAUGGAUCAACAGGUCGGGACAGUGUUGCAGUUGAGAGGGCUGCGGGUGGUAGGGGAGAGGAGGAAGGUGAGCUUAUGAAGGAACAUCUGGGAGUGCGGUAUUCAGAGUGGCAAGAACAGGUGGAGGGCGAGAAGGAGGAAGAGAAGGUGAAAGAAGGGCAGGAGGGGAAGGAGAAUGGGGAGGAGGUGAAAGAGGAGGGGGAGGAGGAGAAAGAGGAAAGGGAGGAGGAGGAAGGGGAAGGGGAGGUGGGAGAGGAAGAAGAGGAGGAAGAAGAAGAAGUGGAGGAGGAAGGGGAAGGGGAGGUGGCAGAGGAGGAAGAGGAGGAGGAGGAAAAAGAGGCGGAUGUCCCGCCACUGUUCGUGCUCAAGCGACUUCUGGCGAGGGAGGGUGCUCGACUGAGUGGGCUGCGAGAGAAGUACUUUGGGGAGAUGCUCCUCAACGCGACCAAUCUGGUGCUGCCACGUGGCGCCCGUCGUCAUCAUGGCAAAGGCGACAAGAGGGAUGGUGCUAUUCGUGGCUCUGAAGUCCUUACGGGCUACGUGGAUGGUGAUGUGCAUGCUGACGUGGAUGCUGACGUGGAUGCUGACGUGGAUGAUGACAUGGAUGAUGACGUGGACAUCAAUGUGAUGGAUGAUGUGGACGAUGAGCUGGUCGAUGCGAUGGGUCUGCAUCACAUCGCACGCUACGUGGAGUCCUUUGAAACUACGAUUGCCAGUGGCAGCGGCGGUGGCGGCGGUAGCAGCGAUACCCCCACCACCGGUGGUGAUGCUGAUGCUGACUUAAGUGCAGGUGUGGGAGGCGAUAAAGGGCGGAGAGAGGAGCAGCGGGGGAAGGGGAGGAAGGCUUUUGAGUCGACUCAAAAGGAGGCAAGUAAUGAGCAGAGCAAGGAUCUGUGGCUGGUGUUUGUGCACGAAGGGGUGUCCCUCUCCUCCCUGCUGUACACGAGUGAUGCUGAUGAUGAGGAGGGAGGCGGGGAGGAGGUGGAGAAACGCGAGGAAGGAGGGAUAGCCGAGGAAGGAGGGAUAGCCGAGGAAGGAGGGAAGGAACGGGAGGGAACAGAACAAGAGAAAGGAGGGAAAGAAGAAGGGGGGAAAGAGAGUGCUCAGCAACAGGCAUAUGGGGAGCAUGCGAGUGGCGAGCAGCAGCAGGCAACAAGUGGGAAUCAGCAGGCAAGGGAUGGACAGCACAGCAUCAUGCGGCCUUCGAGGUGGUGGCGGUGGCUGCGCUCCACAGUGGAGGGCGAGGAGACUGUGCGGAGCAUCCUCAGGCAGACGCUGCUGGGGCUCGCCGCGUUGCAAGCGCGCAACAUAACCCACAGGGACAUCAAACCAGCUGUUGACCCGCACUCUGUUCGCUUCCUCUACGGCCCAACAGGGCCCUCCAGUGCAGAGGAAACAGAACUCUACUCGCCUCCAGAGGUUCUGCUGCUGCCACAGAGCCUCCCAAGUGCCAGAGGUACGGAGGAAGCUGCGGGUGCAUCUGGAGAAGCAGGGACAGCAGCAGGGGGAGGUGCGACAGGGGGAGGCGCAUCUGGGGGAGGUGUUGACUGCACGAGGAACAGCUCCAGUAGUAGCUGCUUCCACGUCAGCAGCAGGAUGCACUACGGAUCAGCCCCUCCGUCCACUCUCCUGAGCCCUUCCCCUCCCCCUUGGAACUCAGGCGCUGCUAGAUCGCUCCUUGCAAGCAGCCCGGUGGCCCGAGUCUACCCGGCGAACAGCCUUCUUGCACCUUUUUCUUCUCACUCCCCUGACGGCCCCCUCCUCAGCUUGCGCGCAUGGAUGGAACUCUGCAUCUUUACGCCUGCAGUCUUUGAAGCGGCACCAAAUGAGGGGGCGUCUGUAGCAGCGGAGGAGGAGGAGACGUCUGUAGCAGGGCAAGAAGAGGAGGAGCUGUUGGUAGCAGAGGAAAACGAUGGGCUGUCUUUAGCACAGAAGAAGGAAGGAACGCCUGCAGCAGGAGAAGAGGAGGGGGAAGUGAGGAGGGAGGAGGGUGUGGAGGGUGGAGCAGGCGCGAAGACCAGAGGUGUGAGCGACUUGCUGAGGCUGCGUCAACCGCAUGUGGAGCAUGCUCAUCCCCAGGGAUCGGCUGUAGUGGGUGCUGAUUCACAGGAGGAAUAUGCUACAGCAGGUGCACUUCCGCAGGAAAGUGCAGUGGGGGUGGCAGAGGCCCCCACUGCGUCUGCCUCUGCUGCCACUUUUCAUGUCCCUUGUUCUACUAGAAGAGUUGCAGCAUCCAGCACAGCAGGCCAGAGGGGUCGCACUGCGGACAGCGGCAGGGGCGAAGAGAGAGAAGCAGGAGAAGGCCACAGGGGGGUUGGGGAGGCCGAUGAACAUGGAGAGAACAAUGUGGGUGGGCAGGGCAGUGACUCCGUGCAUGGAAGUGGGGCUUCUUGUGGGGAGGCUGGUGGCAGCAGCAGUCCCAGUGGUCAUGGCAGCAGUGGGAGUGGUGCAGAGGGGUGGAGUGUGGUGGCGCCGUGGGAGUGCAGCGAGGCCAGCAUUGCAGCACAGCUGAAGCUGAGGGACCCGCUCAAGAAAGGUCUUCCCAGCAUUUGGGCCCUUCGACUGCUGCGGCGAUUGCUGCAAUGGUACCCCUGUGAGCAGUUGGACGCGACCGACCACGUGCGCCGCUCCUCCGCCGCCGCCGCUUCCGCCUCUAGCGCGACAGCGGGCGAGCGUAGGGACAGUGCGAUCCGCGUGCUAGCGGAGUCCAUUCUCGUCGGCUGCCCCGCGCGCCACUCCUUCGCCUUCUCCUCCGCAGGAGCGGACACCGCAGCUGGUGCCGGCGGUGCUGACGGCGCGUAUGGAAACAACCAUGGCGGCGCGCGUCGCUCGUCCAUGUCGUCGUUCUCCUUCCGCCCGCGCGGGUCUUCUUCCUCCUCCUCCUCCGCGUCAGGGGGGCGCGGCUCCUCCUCCUCUGCCUCAGGGGGACGAAUCUCCGCGUCUUCCGCGCGUUCCCGCAGCUCCUCCGCGUCGUCGUUCGCCUUCCCCGCGCUCGCCUCUCUCCCCGCAUCAUCGCGACCCUCGGACAGCUCGCUGUUCACUAUCGCGGAAGCUCUUACCGAGUCACAGCCGGCCUCUCAGACGACGGUGCCUUCCUCUUCUGACGGUCAGGUUUCUGACAGUGAGGUCGCCGGCAGUCUUGGAGAAACGGCCGGGUGCGGUGAUGCGGCGGCGAAGGCGGCGGUGGACGGCAGUUUGCCGCCCGACCUGAGCGGGUUGAGCAACGGGGAGCUGCUAUUGAUCGCGGCGAGCCGCAUCGCGUUGCUCACCGAGUCGCUGAGCGAGUCGCGCACGAUCAACGAGGAGCUGAUGAAGGAGAAGGACGCGGCGCUGUCGCUCCUGAUGGACACGCAGCGCAAGCUGACGGAGGCGACGACGCGCGCCGUGCUGUCGAUGCCACGUGUCAACAGCUCGUGCGAUCUCGCCGGGCUCGCCGUUGGCGGAGGUUUUGGUGGGCACGUCAGCUCGCCGCCGUCGUCGCCUGCUGCCAAGUCGACGGUUGCCACGUCAGCGACAGCAGGGUCAACGGGGCUGACGGGGCAGAAGGGGAAGGUCUACCUGGACGAUGACGACGACAUGGACUACGACGAAUCGGACGACGAAUGCGACGUCGCUCGCAGGCCCGUCGCGCCUGUCGCACUGGACGCACGUGUUGCGCCAGUCGCACCUGUCGCAGCAGUAGCUCAGUCGGCGGAGAGCGAGGAAGCGGAGUAUGCGCACUUCCUUGAGCGGAAGGUCGCGGAGCUGCAGGCUGCGCUGUCGCAGGCGGAAGGUGCGCUGGAGUCCGCGCGCGCGGAACGUGAAGCCUUGGCGGAAGGUCAGGAGCGCGCGGUUUCCGCCGCAAUCGCGGACGCCGCGGCUUCCGCGGAGCGCGCGCGAGCGCGGGAGGUCGAGCUGAUGGUGGCGCUGCGGGCGGCGGAGGGGGAACUCGCGGCCGAGCGCAGGCGCCACGUGGUGGAGGUCGAAUCGCUGAAGGAAGAACUAGCCACGGCGCGUCGGGAGAAGGAGGGGUAUUUAACGAGUAUGGAAGAAAUGGCGCGGGUGCUGGAUGUGCAGCGGGAGGAGCGGGAUGUGAUAAUAACGAGGUUAGAAGCGGAGAAGGCGGAAAUGGUGGGUGAGCUGAUGGAUGUGAUUGUAGAGGCCGUGGCUGCAGCGGGCGUUGCGAGUGUAGCUGGUAACUUGGUUACUGCAGCUGCGAUGGAGGACUGGAAGGAUAGCGCUCCUGUGAUGGCUGUCCGUCGCGCUGAGCUGUUGGUUGUAGAUUCUGCUGAGCUGGAACCGGUUCUCGCUGACGUGGAAACUGCAAAAGAGGCGUUUGCUGACGUGGCAGCUUCUGCUGGCGUGGCGGGGAUGGGUGACGUGGCGGAUAAGGAAAUUGUGGCAGCUGAGAUGGCCCUGGGGGAGAAAUUUGGAGAAUCCAGGCAAGAGGCUGUUGUUGGGGCAGGGGUGGAGACGAGCAGUGGCAAUACAGGCACUGCAGGGGACUUUAUCAGAGGUGAUAUUACCAGAGGUGAUUCUAUCGAGGGGGACACCAGUGAGGUGGAUGUGAUGCAGAGAAGACGAAGGAUGUCGGCCGGAAGGAGGCGGUGGUGGGACCGGGGGGUGAUGGAGCGAGUGAGGGCGUGGGAGUGGCGUGGGGGCAGGCAGAGGGGAGGAGGGCGGGAGGAUGGGAGAGCAGAGGAGGGAGCAGUGGAGGAGAGGCAGGUGGAGCAGGAGGAGGAGGAGCAGAGGCAAAUGCAGGAGAGGGAGUGGGAUACGGCGGAAGGGCGUGGAGAGAGGGAGCAGGGAAUGUGGGAGGUGGGCGAGCCUGCUGCGAGGGGGAAUUACAGAAGGGGUGCAGAUGUGGGAGGAGCAAGUGGUUUUAUUGGGGAUGAGGCAUGGAGUGAGCAUGCGAUUGGGGGGGGAGUGGUGGAGGGGGAGGAAGUGAGGGAGAGGGGGAGAGUGAUGAGGAUACUUGGUGAUGAUAAGGAGAACAUGGAGCCUGCUAUGGGAUUGGACAUCUAG